GCUGUAUGUUGCAGUGAUGGUCUCCACUGUUGUCCCAGUGGCUACACUUGCGAUACCGGUGCAGGAACGUGUACAAAGGGCGCCCUCACUCUUCCAUGGGUAGAAAAGACUGAAGCUAAGACUAUCCAGUUGGAGUCUGUAAUGUGUCCCGAUGGUCAGUCUGAAUGUCCAGAUGGCAAUACUUGCUGUAAACUGAGUAGUGGACAAUAUGGAUGCUGCCCAAUGCCAAAUGCUGUGUGUUGCAGUGAUGGACUCCAUUGUUGUCCAAGUGGCUACACCUGCGACACCGGUGCAGGAACAUGUACAAAGGGCGCCCUCACACUCCCAUGGGUAGAGAAGACUGAAGCUAAAAUUGUCAAAUUGGAGUCAGUAAUGUGUCCCGAUGGUCAGUCUGAAUGUCCAGAAGGCAAUACUUGCUGUAAACUGAGUAGUGGACAAUAUGGAUGCUGCCCAAUGCCAAAUGCUGUGUGUUGCAGUGAUGGUCUCCACUGUUGUCCAAGUGGCUACACCUGUGACACCAGUGCAGGAACAUGUACAAAGGGCGCCCUC